ACAUUCAAAUACUGUUAGGCCUUUUAAAAUUAUUGUUAGAAAAAUGAUAAUUUCUUGCUUUGCAAAUUUUUCACUUAUUGCAAGAAAACCUCAUGCCAAAUGAAUCUAAUUUCUUUUUCUGAUGGAGUUUUUGAUGGAGUUACAAGCUUUGUGGAACAACGGAAUACUAUGGACAUUGUGUACUCCUCUCUUCUUUGUUUUGUCUGAGGUUAUAAAUUCCAUGCUCAUCUUUUUAUUUAUUAACAACAACAACAACAAAAAAUCCAUUUAUUGUGAGGACCAUGCAUUUACACAAAUAUCAACACGACAAUAAUUAAAAAUAUUAAAAUUGAUUGCAUACUAUCCCAACGAAACCUUCACCCCACAAAACAGGAAGAGAAAGAAAAAAACAGCAACAAGUUAAACAGACGAUGAAGGGGUCUUUACUUUGUCAUCGAGAAAUCUUUCCCUGGCUUUCAUGGCCUUCAUCACAAAGACUGCUACCACAUGGGUAAUCCAUGGGUUAGCAUCAACUAACAAAAUUUUUACUCUAUCUUCAGGAUUGAUUAUAGAGUUGGGUAUAAUUUGCAGCAUCGCAUCUCUAAAGCCCAAGUAAAUGGGACAACAGAGGAGGUCCCAGGCCCGCAGUGUUCAUGCAGCAUGGCAACUUUGCUUCUAGCAGUGACUGGGUGCUUAAUAUGGACUACAACAGCCUGGGCUUUAUAUUGGCUGAUGCUGGUUAUGAUGUUUGGCUCGGAAACACCAGAGGUAACACCUGGUCCAACAAACACAUCAACUAUACUGAGAAGCAUCAAGAAUUCUGGCUAUUCAGUUUUGAUGAAAUGGCUAAAUAUGACCUUCCAGCUUUAAUAAACUUUGUCCUGAACAAAACUGGCCAGGAGAAAAUAUUUUAUGUUGGUCAUUCCCAGGGCACCACAAUGGCAUUCAUUUCAUUUUCAACCAUGCCACACCUUGCCAAGAAGAUCAAAAUGUUCUUUGCAUUGGCACCAGUAGCCACUAUAAUGUAUUUGACCAAUACGGCUUUGACCAAACUUGGAAUGGUUCCUGAACCUCAGCUCAAAAAAAUGUUUGGAACUAAGCAGUUUUUGACUCAAAGCAGAAUUAUAAAAUGGUGUGCUACUUACUUGUGUAACCGUUUCCCAAUGGAUUAUCUUUGCGGCUGUGCUUACUUCAUUGCGACUGGCUUUAAUGUGCUAAACUUCAAUGCGAGUCGAAUGGAUGUAUAUUUAUCACACUUUCCAGCUGGGACAUCUAUCCAGAAUAUGCUUCACUGGAUUCAGAUUCUGAAGGCUGGGAAGUUCAAAGGCUUUGACUGGGGAAGCGAGGAAGCAAACAUGGCUCACCACAACCAGCCAACACCACCUUUCUACAACGUACAACGGAUGACUCUUCCAACAGCUGUCUGGAGUGGUGGUAACGACUGGAUUGCAAACUCAAAGGACGUUGCCCUCUUGCUGCCUCAGAUCCCAAACUUAGUUUACCACAAGGAUAUACCUGAAUGGGAACAUAUGGAUUUUGUCUUAGGCUAUGAUGCCCCCCAGCGCUUGUACAUAGAGAUAAUGGAUUUAAUGCAGAAUUAUAAGUGAAUGUGAAAUAUUCCUUCAGGACCCAUCACUGUCAAUCUGUGUUGAUGAAAAGAACUACAAUAUUUUUUUAAGAUUCCAUUUCUCAUACAGGUUUAUCACAGUCUCAGUUAUAAGAAAGGUUUGCUUAAUAACCUUGCCUUUUCUAAUUCAGUAACCAUGGGUGUUCCUCCGUUGUUUAAGGACUGUCUAAGAUUCUUUGUUGCUCUUGCUUCGUCAUGCUGUGUAGCAGAUUCUUGUUGUAGCUCAGCAUGUCUAUUGAGGGUAGAAAAAGUACUUGCGGUGAUGUCCAAGUCUUUUCCUUUGAGGAACUGGUCCAAUUUCAGUGGUUUCCCAGUUUGGGAUUUAUCUGCUUUGGGGUAGAGUGCUGCUGUUUCUUAGCUCCAUCAGCAGUUUCUGGUCUAAUCUCUCUCCUCCUCCUCUCCGCCAGUGAGUUGUAAACUUUAAUUUGAUUAGUUUCUCUCUAGAUUGGAAUCCUCCCUUAGUUAGCAGUUGUAUUCAUGGUAGUUUCUAGUUAGUUUUUCUUAUCUCUAAUUGUCAGGGGACCACCAGGGGUCAGCGGAGCCCGGGAGAUCGGAACAGGGGCUCUUGGAUGAAGCUGGAGCCCCAGAGCCUAGCGUCUGGUAACUUCCUCCGGAAGGUGGGACUGGGGCUCAGGAGGAGGUGCAGACCCUUAGAGGUGCUGAGGAGACUAGGUCUCCAGAGACUAGGUCUCCAGAGGCUAGGUCUCUUCUGGAACCCCUGAAGACCCCCUGAAGGCUCCUGAAGAGACAGCGCCGGUCCCUCAGCUGAGCAGUUCUAGCAGAGAAGACGCUCCACCAGCACCCUCACCCCAACAGAGAGGGGGGGGGGGAAGGAGGAGGGAACAAUGGAGGAGGUUUAGGGUGCCCAGGGGGCUGUGUUGGCAAAAAUCUUGAUGGGAGAUGCUUCUGGAUUCUGAAUCAGAAUAGUACAGUCAUGCUUUUUGAUGCUCUGUCUUGUACAUAUGUAUAUAAUAAAAUCCUGUAAAAACCAAGCAGGGGGUUUGGAGCUGCUUACUCGUGAGGAAGCAACCAGCACCAUUACACUAAUUAUUCACUUUGGAUGGAGAAAAGGGGAGAGAAGCAUUAAUUACAGAGGAGCCUCUGUUGGGAUAUGUCAUUCCCAUAUUUCUUAAGAAAAUUCACCCUGGAAAGCUUUCCCUACCUUCCCCUUCUCUCCCCCACCUCUCUCUCUCCCCUCUU